CCCGUGGAAGAAUCUGAGGACCCCCACCCCACUGCUGAAGUGACCCUGGGACCAGGGGCCUCUCCUGACUGACUAUCCAUAGGUCCUAGUAAGCGAAAUUCUACUUAUCAGUUUUUAAAACUCUGAAUCCUCACUGCUUUUUAAUAACUCCACCUUACAUGAUAAAAUGUCCCUUCGCGCUUUUUUACAUUUCCGAGAACAAUUGUAGGAGGAUUUUGUUGGGAUUUCUGGUAGCGAAGCAAAUGCGCCUAGAUUACCUGCCCCCUCGAUUGCUUUGCACCCGUGUAGUUGUGGGAGGGGGCUACGAGGGGGGGCUGCUCUCCAUGCAGGAAUUUCCUCAGGAUGUUCGAGCAGGACAGAAAUUCCCGGGAGCCUCCAAGUGAGAGCAAAGUCCUCUUGAAAGCUUCAGAAUGUUGGAUCUGAAUUCUCAAGUUGGAUCUCCUGGAGGAUGUGGGAUCUGGGGGUGUUCGUGCCCCUAAUUGUUGUGGUCCUUCCAUGCAACAACGCUAGAGUGGGAUGGGUUGUGCUUGGGUGUGCAUGAAAGCAGGGAGUCCAAUGCAGGGAGGAGAAAGAAGGGACAGAAGAGGGGAGAGGGGUGGGGCUGUCUGGCCUGCAGGAACCGCCAUCCAAAGCCUCUUCUGCAUCAGCAUCAGCGUCAGCGUCUCUGGUCACCAGAAGGCCUAGGGGGCAAGACCGGCUCUUUGGCUGGCUGCUUUCCAAUGCCUGUCUCGCCCUUUGCCCCUGUUACCCUCAAACAUUCCUCCCUGGUUCCGUCAUGGAGCCGGGGGAACAAUUUAAAAGAAUCUCUGAUUGUUUAUGUAGAAUGUAGAUUCAGCUGCCCAUCUUAAGCGCAUAACUCUGGGCAGGGAACGAUAAGAGAACCCACAACCCAUGAAAAUAGUCUGGUCCAAGGACAUACCAAGUGAGGCUCCACCUGGCAUGCAGCGUCCUAACAGACAGGCGGGCACACGUCCUCUUCUGGGCCUUACCCACCAAGGGAAGCAGCUGCCCUUCUCCUGAACUCCACUACAGCCCUGCUCAUCCUGGGCGAUGGGUGUCAAGGGGCAUCAACUUCAAAACAGGCAGCCGGUGCCACCUCAGGUGCCCAGAGCUGGCAGAGGAGCGCCACCUGCAACCUUGUCACUGCAGGCAGGAGCUGUCUCGUGAGCAGCCUGAUGGAGGAUGGCAGCCCCUACUUGGCUGCUCCAAGGGGAGGAGAGCGUCCCUUGAGCCGGGCGUUUGUCUCCUUGUGUGUCUGGGAGGGAACAGGGACGUCUCGAGUGCCAGGAAGCAAAAGUGAAAAAUGCGGAGGGACGAGGCAAUCCAGAAUAUUUGCGGCUGAGCAGGAUUGUCCAUGCUCUGGCCUCUUCUCCCUCGAGUUCCCUGGACUCUCUUGGGGGGGGCCACUCCCAUGGGGGGAAGUUCUCUGACUCCACUGGACAGAUGCGGCUGAAGGUUCCAUGGGCUGCUUCCAUCAUCAGAAGCACCUGGCAACCUUGGAAUGCAAAGUCUGUUUAAGAACCCACUUUACUGGGCAGUCUCCAACAUUCAGAGAUGGAUGCUACCAGCAAGCCUCACCAGAUCCCCCCGGAGAUGGGAAUCUAUGCCGAAAAGCACAACAUCUUCCAGAUCAUGCAGGGCCUGAUGGAAGCCCUCCUUGUGGCCCGGCCAGCCAAACCCAUUGACUUCAUGAUAGAACACCUCAAGAAGAACAAUGAAGAGGUGCCCAGGGUCUUCAUUGUGGGACCCCCGGCCUCUGGGAAGACCACCAUCGCCCGCUGGAUUUGUAAGCACCUCAGUGCAACAUAUCUUUGCCCCAAGGAGCUCGUGCGCAUCAAGCUGCUGAAGAAGGCCAAGGAGGCCGAGGGCUAUCAAACACGUGGGGAGAAGAUCCCUGAUGAGCUGUGGGCUUCUCUCCUGCAGGAACGCUUGAGCGACGUGGACUGCGAGACCUUGGGGUGGGUGGUGGAUGGCUUCCCCCAGACCAGGAACCAGGCCCUGGAGCUCCAGACCCUGGGUGUCCUCCCUCGGCACCUUGUGGUCCUUUAUGCCCCAGACACGGUGCUGAUCGAGAGGAACCUGGGGAAGCGUGUGGACCCUCUCACCCAGGAGGUGUACCACACCACCUUUGACUGGCCGGUUGACUUCACUGUGCAGAAGCGCUUGGUAAAACCGGAAGAUACCUCCGAGCAAGCCACCGCUCGGCGGCUUUUGGAAAACCACCGCAACAUGCCUGGCAUUGUCCAGACAUACCAGGAUUGCUACAAGGCUAUCAACGCCGACCAGCCUUGCGUUGAUGUCUUUGCCCAAGCGCUCAAUUUUGUGCAGAGUCGUCCACGGUCCAAUGCCCCCUUCACUCCCCGCAUCCUGCUCCUGGGUCCCCCGGGCAGUGGCAAAAGCCUGCAGGCAGCUCUGCUGUCCCAGAAAUAUGGGGUGGUCAACAUUUUCUUUGGGGACCUCCUGCGGGAGAAAGUGGCUGGGAACACAGGCGUGGGCGAAUUCAUCAAGCCUUUUUUCAAAAUGAGGUGCCCUGUGAAAGACAACAUCGCUCUGCACGUCCUCAAGGAGCGUCUGGAACAGGAUGACUGCCGCACCUAUGGAUGGGUGCUCCACGGCUUCCCUCGUGACGUGGACCAGGCACUGCUCUUCCGGCAGAUUGACGUCGAGCCCAACCGAGUCUUCUUCCUCAACCUGCCCACCGAGGUAGGGCUGCAGCGCAUCUGCCAGCGUGCCACUGACCCCAUCAGCGGAGAGAGAUACCACACCAUCUACAAGCCGCCUGUGGAUGAGGAGGUCCACCAGCGCUUGUGCAGGCACCCCAAGGAUGACCCUCUCCAAGUGGAGCGGAAGACGGACAUCUACAGCCACAGGCUGGCUGAGCUGGAGGAGCAUUACGAGGACUCGAUUUGUCUCAAUGCAGACCAAGAUCCCUACACCGUCUUCGAGUACAUUGAGAGUUGCCUGGUCAAGCCUCUGCCCAUCUGUAAGCUGUAACGCCAGAGAGGUGACCCCCGUGGCUUUGCCAGCACUGCCCUGGCAGCAAGCAGCAGGGCAUGGAUGGCAAGGGGAGGGCAAUGUGUUUAGCAGUGAUGGGAGAAUAAAAAUAUUUUGUUUUAACGUGGAAGCCAUCUCUGCUUCUUGUUUAAGAAAUGCCUUGCCCCUGGGUCAGCCAUGGUGCCCGGGUCCUGCAAGUCACUGCUCUUGGUGCCCACCUCUGUCAAUUGGCAGCAGGCUGGGUGUCAGAAAAGAGCCUCGUUCUGCCUUCCCAGGCCUGAACUAAUGUCUCCCAGGGAUCCUGUGGUUCGUAGUGGCACGUUUUGGAUACCUGCCCUACAGAUUAGCCUGCUCUGCCCCCUGAGGCCCCAAAGGGUUGGGCCCAAGAAAAGGGCACCUCCCCCUGUCAGCAGAGCCCGGUCCAGGUGAGGCAGUUUCUGUCCAGUUGACAGGGAAAAACAGGGCUGAUGGAAUUACAGCUGGGAGCUUCUGGCUACCCUUGCCCCUCGGUGCCCCUCGGCCCCCAUUCCUAAUUUUGUAGAGGGAGGGGCAGGUGACCACAGAAGAGUGGGAGAAGUUUUCCAAAGGGGUUUGGUUCUGGGUCCCCCGAAAUUUGCCAUGUCUCCCCAGUUAGGCUGUGCUGCUGCGGACACAGCACUCUUAGGGGUCCAGCUGCCACAGAGGUAAGUGAGGACUUGCCCUUGGGGUGGGGGAGGGAGCUGAGUUUUCCCCAUUUGGCUGGCUGGUGUGGAAUCCUCAGGCCCCCCGGUGGUCUUCUGCCUGUCCAGGGCAUCUGCUCCAUUAGCAGAGGGUUU